AAUCUCUAACAGCACGGAAGGCAAAGCCUGGUGUUUGUGUCAUGGCCUGGUGGGUGGUGUGUGUGGGUGGAAGAGGCACCAGAAUCAAAUAGUGACUCGGGAAAUCAGCCUCACCAACCAUGCCCUUGCAGCCCCUCGGAGCAGCACCGUCGGGAGGCUGAAGACGGAAUCAAUGGUUGAGUCAGGGAAGACCUGCCCCAUUGAAGGUCACUGGAAAGCAGGCUGUUGCAUCGUAGACGUAGACAAAAUGCCUUAUUUUACAAGACUCGUUUUGUUUUUGUUUUGCCUGAUGGUUCUUGUGGAGAGCAGAAAGCCCAGGAGGAAGAGAUGGACAGGACAGCUGGAAAUGCCCAAGCCAAGUAACUCUUACAAAAAGAACCUCGACAUGACUAAAAUCGGAACAGGAAAACCUCAGCAGCUUCUCAGAGUGGAUGACCACGACUUCAGCAUGAGGCCAGCCUUCGGAGGCCCUGCCAUCCCAGUGGGUGUGGACGUGCAGGUGGAGAGUCUAGACAGCAUCUCUGAAGUGGACAUGGACUUCACCAUGACCCUGUACCUGCGGCAUUACUGGAAGGAUGAGAGGCUGGCCUUCCCCAGCACCAGCAACAAGAGCAUGACCUUUGAUGGACGGCUGGUGAAGAAAAUCUGGGUCCCAGAUGUGUUCUUUGUUCACUCCAAAAGGUCAUUCAUUCACGACACCACCACUGACAACAUCAUGCUGAGGGUGUUCCCAGAUGGUCAUGUGCUGUACAGCAUGAGGAUUACUGUCACUGCCAUGUGCAACAUGGACUUCAGCCACUUUCCCCUGGACUCCCAGACCUGCUCUUUGGAGCUGGAGAGCUAUGCAUAUACAGAUGAAGAUCUGAUGCUGUAUUGGAAGAAUGGGGAUGAAUCCCUGAAAACAGAUGAGAAGAUCUCCUUGUCUCAGUUUCUGAUUCAGAAAUUUCACACAACUUCCAGACUGGCCUUCUACAGCAGCACCGGCUGGUACAACCGACUGUACAUUAACUUCACGUUGCAUCGACACAUCUUCUUCUUCCUGCUCCAAACCUAUUUCCCUGCCACCCUGAUGGUCAUGCUGUCCUGGGUGUCCUUCUGGAUUGACCACAAAGCUGUGCCCGCCAGAGUUUCACUGGGCAUCACGACGGUGCUGACCAUGUCCACCAUCAUCACGGGCGUGAACGCCUCCAUGCCCCGCGUGUCCUACAUCAAGGCCGUGGACAUCUACCUCUGGGUCAGCUUUGUGUUCGUGUUCCUCUCGGUGCUGGAGUAUGCAGCAGUCAACUACCUGACCACGUCUCAGGAGUGGAAGGAACGGAAGCUGCGGGAGAAGGUCCCAUGCAUGUGUGGAAUGCCUCAUUCAAAAACCAUGAUGCUGGAUGGAAGCUGCAGUGAGUCUGAGGCCAACAGCCUGGCUGGGUACCCAAGAAACCAUAUUCUGACAGAAGAAGAAAAGCAAGAUAAAAUAGUGGUCCACCUGGCCCUGGGCAGUGAGUCUAGCUCCUCCAGGAAAAGGGGGCUUCUCAAGGGCCAGGUGGGGCUCCGCCUCUUCCAGAACACCCAUGCCAUUGACAAAUACUCCAGGUUGAUAUUCCCUGCCUCCUACAUAUUUUUCAAUUUAAUUUAUUGGUCAGUGUUUUCCUAGGGGCUCCAAGGCCAUGCCUAUAUAAGGGCAUGGACAUCCAUUGGUGGACACACACACAGAGCAGAAGCUCCUGGACCGCCAUGAGCAGCACCCCCCUCUCAGAAGAGCCCGGGGGCCUUCCGGCUGCCCUCACCCUGACCUAGUGGGUUUACUCCUUGUUUGCACUCUGUCUGUGUCACUCUUUACACCUUUCUGAACAGAACUGUCUUCUGCUCUUGCACGAGAACUUGUUCACAAGAAAUCCCCUCCUGUUAAAAACAAAACAAAACAAAAAACCCGAAAGACUCAAAUGCCUCCAAGAUGUUCCAAGACCCUCAUAAACCUAGAAUUCAUCUGUGAAAGGGUAGGGAAAACGACAGGCAAGCUUACGAGUGUUCUAGGUAGGAGACAGGAAAUAGGGAACAAAAUAUCUGUGAACCCAUACAACUGGAUUAAGUGCCUAGAAAGGAAAACAAGCAAACAAACUAGCUAACUUAACUCAGAUCCUAGACAGGAAGUGAUUUAGCCCAUGUCAUUCUGGUAACACAUGUGAUUUUGUAAUACAUUCACCCAUCCAUUCAACUUUUCAUUAAAUAUUAAGGUCCCACCCUGUGCCAGGAACUGUGGAAAUGAACAAAGUCUCU